AUGGUCUCCGAAUUGCAGCGCCAACUGGCGCUGCAUCGGCAGACCCGCGGGGUCGGGUCUUCGUCUGGUUCGUGUUCGUCCGCUCGCCGCAUUCAUUCUGCGCCUUCUCUGCUUUUCGAUCCUCGAAAAGCGGCCUCCGUGGAGCUCUCCACGCUGCGAGAUGUGGCUCUGACGUCUCUCCAGUCUCUCAUCCGCCGCGAUCCCCUGGUGGAGGUCCUCGAGCCCCUCUUCACUUCCACGGCUGGCAAACAAGAGGCUCCUUCGGGGGCCGCGGUCUCCCGCGACUUCCUGACCGCUGAACAGGCCCGACGUGUCGAUCGGCGCGUGGCGCUCUGCUGUGACCUCCUCGGUCCUUUUUUCCUGCUUCAAGACGCGCAGUAUCUUCUGGAGUACCUCCUCCGUCAAUAUGCAGUCCACAAACACAACCAGGAUGCACUUCUCGCCCUCGCUCUGCCCUACCAUUCCUCGCCGGUCUUCAUCCGGCUCGCUCGUCUCCUCUCUAUUCCUCCGCAAUCUCCGUGGACGUUUCUGGAGCGCAUGAGGACCUCCGGCGCCCUUCUGCAACGCAAAGACCUAGUCAAAAUCGUUCUGUCCUCGCCGUUCCUGCUGCAGUUUGUUGUGAGUACCGUCUCUCGCGUCUCGUCCCCUCUUUCCGCGGCACGCCUGAAGGAGGCUGGCCUCUCGCUGCCCUCUCACUUACGGCGCAACAGUGCGCAUGCGAACGCCGGCGCAGACGAAGCUUCCUUUUCUCUUCUUCCUGCGCAGAAUACGCCUCUCCUGUCCUUCUUCACUCUGCUCGUUUCGGAGGCUCUCGUUACAGCGCCUUCGCUCGCGGCCGUCCGGUCUCUCACGCCAUGUCUCCUGCCCUUCCUCUUGUCCACGCUGCGCCCCGCCGCAGCUGUACGUACGCCCGAGCUCCAUGCGGCGAGCAUGACCGUUUUCACUCAACUUGCCUCGCGGGCGCCGCUUGAGCCUCGGAUUGUGUCGGCGGCCCUGCAGCAGUUGGCUCAGACCCUCGUUUUUUCCUCCAAGGACGACAGUCUUCAGCGCUUGCCAGCUGCGAAGGAGAACGAACUCUUCUCGCUUCUUGUUGUUCUUGCCGAAUCGCAGUCACUCGCGCUGCAAGGCACUCUGCCAGAGGCCGUCACGCGGCGCCUCUCCAAAUGGCCACGGCUGGCUGACGCCCUCCAGGAGGUUCUCUUUGUUCAGCGCCUCGACUGCGCGCCCUUUCUGCGGGCGUUUUUCAAGUCCCUUCUGUCCUUUUUCGUUUCUUCGGCCGGCGACGAGUCGUUCUGUGCCUUCUCGGCGCUGCAAGAGCGUCUGCUUGCGGCGGCGAAGGCGGUCUGUGCGGCCUGCGUGGCCUCGGGAGCGCGCCAGGCGCCUCUCCUCUCUCACUCCUCGCUCUCGCCGUCUUCCGGCGCUUCGCGCCGCUCUCAGGAGGUCUCUUCGUCUCUCAUCGUUAUUGCGCUGACUCUCUUUGACAGCUUCGCGCGCACGAGCCAGCAGGCGCAGCGCGCCGCGGCGGAGACGUCGGCGUCUGCUUCUGCAUUCGCGCGCGUGAGGCGCGAACAUCCGCUGCUCUUUGCGGCUCUCUGCCGCUUGCUUCUUGAGGUCGACGCGGUCAGUCCGCUGAGCAUUCCGAAAGCUUUGGCCUUCUUCUCGCGUGCCACCGAGGCCGAGAGAAAGGGGAAGCGAGGCGGCGUCUCAAGCGGCGGCUGCGCGGACCUCGUCUUGCUGCUUUCUCACGUCUUCGACAGCGUGCCGUCGCCUGCGGGGCCUGUCUACGCCAUCCCGGGUGCCGGCGCCGAAGAGACACGAAAAACUCUAUCGAGAAUGAGAGGCGAAGGCCUCUCUCUGUGCAGCGCGCUGAUGGCGGACGAGGCUGAGCUCCGCAGAGAGGGCGUCCGCGGCGCGCUGGCAUGCGUCAGGCGACAGGAGGCGGAGAGCGGGGACAGGAGGGGACGCGAAUGCCACACGCGCAGCGAUGAAGAGGCAGGAGAAACGGACGAAGCUGGAAGCCAAGCGCGAGCCGCUGACAGAGGUGCACUUCUGGGUGAACUGCUGCUUGACAGACUCGAAGACGAAGACUCCACCCUCGUCGUUGAGGUCGCUGAAGGCAUGGCGACGCUCUGCAGCGUCCUGCCGCCGUUCAUCUGCCUGCACCGCGCCACGUCGCUGGUGCUGGCGAACUUGGAUGCGCUACUUCCCUCGCCUCUGGCGGCAGUUUCGUUGCACCCCGCGGCGGCUCAAGCGACGCAGGUUUUCCUCUCCGCCGUGUUGGCAAUGCCUCGUUUGCGCGAGGUGAUGCCUGCGCUGCUACGGGCGUGUGCAGCGAGUCUGCGGCACAGCGCAGCGACUGAAAAAGAAGACGGGGCAGAAGCAGAGGCAGCGAGGCGUCGCGAACGCUUUGCAGAAGAAGUCGUGGUUCGCCGGCUGCUCCCCGUGGCCCUUGCGCUGGCCUGGGGUGCCCGCGCCCAGGAAGCGGACGCGGAGACGGCGGAGACCGACGACAACGAGGCAAACGAGGCGGCCGACAACGGGGAGGUCAGCGCGCCGCAGGCGAGGCGAAAGGCGCUGUGCGAGCUCCAGGAAGCUGCGAUCGACGUGUUGAACGCAGUGGGGCGGAGAAGUCCUCUUGAAGGCGGCAGCCUCGAGAGCGAGGGGUCCAAGCAGUUUGAGACGCUCACGCGCUGCAUGACCCUCAGCAGACUGGCGAGCUCCGCCUCGCUCCGCUCGCUGGCUCAGUUGGCCCUCUGUCCGCUUCCGCUGCCUCCGCCGCCAGUCUCCGCGUCCGCGGCGACGCCCGGCGGCGUGCUGUCUGCCGCGGCUGUCGAGUCGUUUUUGGAGAGGGAGGCGCGCGCGGUGAAGGAGCGAAGGCACGGCCCGCGCCUCGCGAAUGUCACUGGCUUGUACACCGCCGCCGGUCUUCUAGAGAUCGCAGGCGCCGCGCUGAUGCCCUCCUCGACGGCCUCGCCGGCGUCGUCACUCCCUGCUUGGACUGCGCACGCGAUGCAUCUCUGCGAGGAGCUGCAGCGGCGGCUCUCUGCAUGCGCCGACGACGCCACGGAGGGCGCUCUGGCUUCCAAGGGAGGCAGCGAGAGGCCAAAAGCGUCCGCCGCGGCGUUCCCUCGAGCCGCUCGCGCCGCGGUCAAGACGGUCGCCGCGGGCGUCGCCUCGCUGCUGCUCGCUCGCGGGCCGAAUCGUGAAGGGGACGGCAGCGGAGGAGUUGGGCGCGGGGCUUUGAAACCGGCAGUCCUCUCGAGCUUCUUUACCGGCGAAGGGCACGACGAGGCGGGCCGAGGAGAAGGCGAAGAGGGCGACGCGUGUGAAGGGAGACUGCAGAGGUCCUUGAGGCGCCGACUCUUGCUGUUGGCCUUCAGCGACGUGGCUCUCUUCGCGCCGGUCGUUCAAGCCUUCCUGGAGUCCUUCCGCGGCCGCAGCCUGCUGUUCGUUGCACUUCUCUCGCAGCUGCUGGCGCAAGUCUCCCUCCCCACGCGGCAAAGAAAAGCAUAUGCGACGCGAGGAAUCACCCAGGCGGGCGCCGAAGCGGGCCUGCAGCGGACUGAAGAGGAACAGAUCCUGGUGGAGGGCGACGACGAGCAAAGGAUCGACGAGACCGAGGCGCCCAGCGCCGAUGAGGACGGAGACUGCGCGGCCCUCUGGCUCUCCUUUUCCUUCCUCUCAGGGUCUGCGUACUCGGGGGAAGACGCGCCGCGGCUCUCAGCGACCUUGAGACAGCAAAUUGAAGUGAAUCUGCUUGACAUGUCGCGCGCACUUCUGGCGCAGGCGGCGCGGCGGCAGGUCUCCAAGAAGUCGCUCAAAGCCGCAGGCAGUGAGAGCGCAGCGAGCGGAAAGAAACCUGAUGGCGAACGCGGCGCCGAAGACCGGACUGCGGCGGCGUGCGUCGGCAUUCUCACGCUCCCGCUUUGGCUCGCGGUUCACCACAAAGCGCAGCGACGCGAAGUGCGAGAGGCCGUCGUUCUGCUGCUCAAGGAGCUCGCUGCGCUUCUGAAACUCGACAAGGACUGGCAAAGCUCCGACCCGCGCGCCGGAGUCACGGCGGCUUGUCUGCAGGCCUGGUGGACGCGCUUGGCGCCUCUGGGUCUCCUCAGGGGCAGACCGGCAGACCUCAAGGCAGGCAAGGGGGAGAAGAUUCACGACGAACUCACGCAGAACGCCGACAAGUUUGUUCAGGCUGCCUUGACUUCCGCGUCGACUUCCUGCGUCGAGUUCCUCUCUCAGUUCCUCUCGCGAGCGGCCUCCAGUGCCCUUGCGCCCGCUGCGUUUGGCGCUGCGGUCGCUGCGUCCUCCGACGCGGUCGCUUCGUUCUUCAGCUUUGCUCUCGCCUUCCUUCUACCCGAGGGCAGCGCACAGGAGUAUUUCUCGAGUCUGCUUCUCGAGGCGCCGGCGGGCCUGCUGCUGACGGCGCUGCUUCCGGCUCUAGGCCGCGAAGUGGAGAUGUUCGUGGUGCGCGUGAGCGCGCACGCAAAGCCGCAGGAAGAAGCGCAGGGUCAAGGGAAGCGGAGAUCGUCCGCGCAUUCUUCGCCUCUGGCUUCACCUUCGUCCUUCUCUCGGCCCUCGCCAUCCGCCGCGUCGUUAUCCCCGGUUUGCGAGGCCUCUGUCUCUGCUUCCCACGGGUUUGGGGGUGUCUCGCCUCUCAUUGUCUUCGCCUUGCAACUACUGACUCAACUGGGCGCCAACCAAGCCUCCUCACCUCUCUACGCUCUCCUGUCCGCAGUCGAUUCUGACGGGCGUCGCCGCAGCUUGUGGUCGCUCGCGCCAGACUGCAGCGAGAGCCUCGUAUGCAGCGUUCUGCUGCCUUUCAUUCGGCUCCUCUGCUCCCCUGCGGUCGCAGCGCCGCUCCGCGCCUUCUACCAACGCCCAGCAGAGGAGGCGCCGUCGGCCCGCGUGUCUGAGCGAGCGACGCUUUCGCUGCCUCUCUCCUGGCUCGCCGAGGUCGCCGACGCGGCGGGCGAGCUGGUGGAUGGCGUGAUGGCGUCGGGCAUUCUCCAGGUGAUCUCCGACGAGCUCCGCCUCGAGCUCCUCCUCGCGCUGCUGCGUCUCUCCUCGGCCUCGCCGCAGCUCGCGACCCGCCUCCGACUGCAGGCCUCCAAGAUGGACGCACGCGAGCCCGAGGCGAAGGCCUCCGACGCUUCGGUGGGGGCUCCGCGACCGCAGUCGGAAACGAUGCUUCCGGUGCGCACGCUGCUCAGCCUCGUGGAGGCCGUCGGCGUCACCGAGCAAGACGAGUCAGCUGGGGCACAAGGCGCGCAGGACGGCAGAAGGCAGGGCGCGGCUGUAUCCCAGAAGCGCGGACAGGCAGACGAGGCGACCCGCCCAGUCACGUCGAGGGAUGCAGUCAUCGCCGACUUUGUAGAUGCACAGCUCCAAGGAUACUCAGCAUUUGUGCAGGAGACGGCGCGCCUCUCCGGACGUCACGCACAGAGAGACAAGAAGGUGCGGCGAGCAGCAGGCGACGACAGAAACCAGAGACUCGAGGAGGCUGAUAUCCUUCUCCUGGGCCCGUGCGCGCUUGGCAAACUCCAGGCCGUGCUGCAGAUUCAUCUGGCGUGUGAGACGCGACGACCGGCGGGCGCGGCAGGCGACACCGAUGAGGCGAUGAGGCGCACCCUAGAGAGUCUUCUGAGUGUGUUUGUCACCGCCACGUCGACGACAGGGGCGCUGAGGAUUCUCCGCGCGAAGCAAGAGAAAGCGAAGAAGAGCAAGGCCCUGAAACAUCCCGGAGACGACGAUGAAGUGGCCUCCAUCAGCGCGAGAUCGCGCGCAGCCGCGAAGCUGUCUCCGAUGUCGUCUCUGUGGUCCUUUCACGAAGCUUCCUUCCGAGGCCUCGCUGCGACCUGCGGUCUUUUGGCUCAGAGCUUGGCGCCGAAGCGCUCCUUCGAGCAUCUUCUCGUGGCGGACGGCGCCACACGCAACGGACGCCUCUCUGAGGCUUCGCGGCGUCUGGACGUGGGCGACGAGUCGUCGCCUUCCUCUCUCCUUUCGCCGGUGCUGCUGGCCUCGGUGCUCCAGGGGAGUUCGGCGGCCGCGGACACUCUCUCGUCUCUCCUCUCGCAAAAGGGCGAGCCGGCGCCGGGCGACCGCCUGUCGACUCUGCAUACCACGCUGAGAGACCUCCUCAAGGCGCUGGGCGAGCUCCUCGCUCUCGCGGGCGUGAGGACGCCCAGAGUCCUCUCGACGCCGCACUUCCUGUCGGCGCUUCGCGGCGCCCUGCCGUCGCUGUUCGCCAUGCUGGACGUUCUUCGCGCGCACUCAGCGCUGGACGCGAGCUGCGACUCUGCAGCAGGACGACACGAAGGCUAUAAGGUGGAAAGCGGAGCGACGGUGAGGAGGGAAGUGCUGCGGUUUGUGCGGACGGUUAUGGAGCCUCUGUGCAUCGAUGUGUUUGUCGACGACGUUCGCGGCAAAGACAGCGAAGGGGCGACGGGGGCCGGGCGCAGUCCUGUCAGAGAAAGUCGGGCGGCCGUCGCGGAACUUGCGGUGGCGCUUGGCGCGGCGCUUGGCAACGACGCGCUCGUCGGCGGAUGCCUCACUAUCCUGGUGCACUGGGAGGCGGCUUUCCUCAAGCGGCGCGGGAAAGCCGCUCAGGAACACGCAGGAAGCGGCUCGGAGGAAGCGAGCAACUCCGAGGAAGCGAGCGACGAUGAGGAAUCCGACGCUGAAGCGGCGCAGUCCGCCGAGGAGGCCGAGGAAGAGGGAGACGACGAAGUGCUGCUGCUGGACAAGAAGGAGAGAAAGGAGCGCGAGAAACGCAUGCGGGCGGGGUGGAAGACGCGGCGCGCUCUGCUGGAGCGGCUGAAAGAGAUCCUGAAGGCGCAUGCAGACGCCCAGGCUGCCUCUUUCUACGGCCAUCGGCUUCUCACGCUGGCGCAACUCGGCACUGGGGCCCUCGUGCUCCAGUGCGAGGCCCGCGAGCGUCUCCUCUCAUGCGGCGACGAAGUCUUCUCGAGGCAGCGCGAAGACGACGCAGCGACCUCGGCAGGCCGCGUCGUCCCGCUCUCGCUCCCCUCCUGCGUGCAGGGCAACGUUGCCACUCUGCGCCAAAGCCUCCUUCAGGGGCAGGGACUGGAGGCGGCCCCCUCCGCGGGCAGCGGCGAUUCGUGCUUCGCUGCGAGGGGGCAGGACGCCGCGAGACUGGCGGAGGUCUACUGCCGCGCCGCAAGCACCGCCACGCUGCUCCUGUACGAGCAGCUGAAGAGCGACGGGCUGCCCGACCUGCAACGCGUCGGCGCGCUCGCGGCUCGGGGCUUCGCACUGGACAGCACGGGAGAAGAAGAAGAAAUGCAGGCGAUUCUCGAGCUUAUCCAGGCGCUGCUCAGCAUCAAGAUUGUGUCCGAGCGCCGCCGCCUGGCGGGCUCGUCGUCCGACGGGCUUCACGCCGGCGGCAAGAAGCGGAGGGGAACCGACGGCAGCGCAGACCGGGCGUACAACAGCGAGGUGCAAAGGAGGGUGUUUAACGAGGAGACGCUUCUCAAGCAGCGAGCUGAGCUUCUUCUCGAAAGCGUCAUUCGGGCCCUGUCGCCUCUCGUCGGCUGCAUGCGAGUCGCUCUCGGCUGCAUGGGAGUUCGACACACCUUCUUCCUCAGUGGAGACUCAGUCGACGAGUUGCGCAGCAGAUUCGAGGCGGCGCGCGGGCAGGCGAAGACAGCGAAAGGCGCAUCGACUGCAGCACCCUUCGGCGCCUCGUUCGCUCAGGACGUUUCGGAUAGUGAACCCGAUGAAGACCAAGAGGCUGACGCGGAGCAAAUUCAGUCGAUUCAUCUUCUCGUUUCUGAUCCGGCCGAGCCUCUGGGCUCGUCACCUGCGCGCCUCUCCGGCGCCGCAUGUCUCCUCGCGACGGGCAAGGCGGCGUGCGCCGCAGCGGCGGAGGCCGUCGCAGAGGGCGACCGCUUCGUGAAGUCCGCGCUUGCUGCGAAGACCACGACAAACAGCGACUACGUUUUCUUCGCGCUUCUGUUCCGCAGCCUCGCCAGCCAGCUCGAAACUCACCUGGGAGCCGCCGCGGGGGCGGACGAUCGCCGCCAGGGCGAGAAGAAGCCGAAGAAGGGCGGCGACAAAUGCAGAGGGGCCGAGGACAGGGCCUGGAAGACGCUGUUUUCUUCAUCGUCGUGGACUGAGGCCUCUUUGACGCCGCCGUACGCCUUGCUGCUCGCGGUCCUCGCGAAGCGCUUGCUGCGCCCCUGUGCGGUCUCCUCCUCGUCGGCUGCGAGCUCCCCCGCCUCCGCGUCGAUAAUGAACGCAGGCAUUGCGGCGUGGCAGUUUGCGACGAAUCUCGCGCGGCUCGCCGGCGGCCACCUGCCUGAGGCCUUCCGCGACGGCUGCAUCCCGUCGGUGCUAGGCACGUGGAAGCGCGCGGCGCAUGCCAUCCCCGCGCUCAGCUCGCUCUCCGCGGCGCCCUCCGCGUCGGCGUCCACGGCUUCGCAAGCGAACCUGCGCAGCAUCAUCUCUCUGUCGACUGCCGCGAGUCGCUGCCUCUUGGCGCUUUCGCUGACUUCGCACGGCCGAGAGGGUGAGAAGCACGUGGGGGGGGUCGGUACGCACGCGGCGAGGAGCCUGCACGCAGCUGCCUUGUUCCUUCCGGACUUCAAUGCGCUCUUCGCGCGCAUCUCCCUCCUCCUGCGCGCGCUGAUGCCGCCGAUGCUCACCGCUGAGGACGGCGUCGAGCCGCGCCUGCAGCUGCAGGACGUCUUCCACCGCCUGUUGCUCAUCCGAGAUCCGCGAGUCGGCGAGUUGGCGGUCUGCCUGGUCGCUGCGCUCCUCGGACUUCUGCAGCGCGUCGGCGCCGAGUUCUUCCUGCCCCAUGUCGGCUCCCUCGUGGAGACGACGCUCCUGAAUCCGCUGCUCUUAUCCUCGCUGUCGCACCAGCAGGCGCUGCCUCACGCCGGCCGAGAAGACGCCGGCGCGCAGGCGCGUCUGCGCGCCCGUCUCGUCGCGCCUCAAAAGCUGCCCCUGGCGCUGCUCAGUCAACUGGGUCUCUCAUGUCUCGACUCCAGCGACGACGGCGAUGCCGCGGACGAGGCAAGGGUCGUGGUUGAGUUCGUCAGGAAGCGCAUGGAGCCGAUGACGUCCUUGGAUGCGUCGCUGCAGCUGUACAUGGUGGACGCGAGCGUCGAACUGCCGCGCGUGCGCCGGCAGGCCAGCAGAGUGUUAGAGCAGAUCGCGCGUCGCAGCGCGUUUGCGCUCUCCUCCUCGCUCUUCGGGAGGAAGCGGGACGUGGCGGCCGCCGCCUGGUUCCUCGGCGCUGGGGGCGACAGGAAGGCAAGCAGCCGAGGCGAUCUGACUGCGAGCGAAGGCGACUUGUGGCGCGAGCAGCACCCCGUCGUGAGCAUCCUCUUCGCCGCGCUGCAAGCGGAGAUCGGCACGUCGAUGCGCAUUCAGGGGGCGAUUUCUCUUCUGCUGCCGUCGCUCCACAACCUCUUCUUCAAGAAGCAGAAAGCGCUCGCGGCGGGCUCGGAGAAUGCGGAACGUCAGCACAAGGGCGUGGAUAAGAAGAGGAAGAAGGCCGUCGACGCCGAGGCGACCGGCGCCAAGGGGGGGGGCAGCGGGGCCCCUCAAGUGUCGCUUUUCUCCACACGCGGCCUCGAAGACUUGCAAGCGUCGCGCACGGUCGAGCUGCUUGGAACGAUCAUCGGUUCGCAGUCACAGGCGCGCGCGGACGCGAAGCGACCAGUGCUUACGAAGCUCAUGCUCCAUCUCGUCCACCUGUGCCUCUCUCGCGCGGAGGCGUCGGGCGAGGCUGCGCCCGAGCGGCUGCGGGCCUCUGAGUGCUUCGCGGAGCAAAUCUACGGAGGGCAAGUUCAAAACGUCCAUCGGCAGCUCCUAUGGGGAUCGACUGGAGGCGACCGCGAAGCGGUGUUGGAGGACACACAUGACGAGGAGGAAGACGAAGAGGACGCUCCUGAACAGUCGCAGCCCUGUCCGUCGAGUGCGAAGGCCGCGGGGAUGAAGCCGACAAAACGGCCUCGGGGUGAAAGCGAAGCUGCUGCCAGCGCUGACUCUGCGGGUGGGCCUCCAGAGGAAGAAAACGGCAAUGCCAUCGCCUCGCCGAUUUCUCUCCUUCAAGAAUUUGAGCGCAGCGUCCGGCUCCUGCCGCCCGCCGCAUUCGCCCCCGCCUGUCUCCACAGGAUGGAGAGCGCGCUUUACUGCGCCUUCCGCAGCUGGAGUCAGAAGCUAAACAUGCAGCAGCUGCAGAGUUUUCUCCUCGCGCUGCUCCGCUCGCUGAGGGGGCCGAAGCGCGCACUCAUGCAGCCGUCAACCGAGGCGGCCGAAGGGGACAGCGACGCCUCCGAGGAGACGGAGUCGUCGGACGAGGACAGCAGCGCGGCGGCGAAGAGGCGGCAGCAGAAAGCGGCUGCCGCAAAGAAACAAGCGUCGUCUGGGGGCGUGGCUAAGGCGCACGCCUCGAGCGAAACGCUGGCAUCGUCUGCGUCCAUCCGAGAGAUCUGCGGCACCCGUCUGCUUGUUCUCUUCUACACCGCCGCCAUCAGAGACUUCGGCUCAGUCGGAGGCGUCGAAGCCUUGUUGGAGGACCUCCUCGCGGACUUUCAGAGUGCCCUGGCGGCCUGCAGAGACCAGGCGCUGGAGCUCGUCGAAUCGACUGACAAGAGCGGCGAGAAGAAGAAGCGAGACGCGCGGCCCCGAGUGCUGGAGUCGGACGCAACGUGGUUCUGGUUCGAGCUCGGCAUGCCCAUUCUGCUGGCCCUUAGUGCAUCGCUACGCAGCUGGAACAAAGAGCUCAGUGGUGCGCUUCCGCCGUCGCUCUUUGAGAGGCUGCUGACCUGUGCGUUAGACGCCGUGGACGUCUUGGGCGUGCUGCCACGGCUCUCGUUGCCGGGGUACGCCGGCCGAGACCGAGACAGCGCCAGCGGCGACGUGGAGCUCCUGAGCGACGUAGAGCUGCGGAAGCUCAACAGCGAGCGAAAGCGGAAGCGGGCGCAGGCGCAGCGCCUCUCCAAGCUGUGGUUCUGCACGCUGCGGUCCUUCGUCACAGGUCUCUUUGAGCACACUUUCGGCGACAAAACUCGGGUCGAAGAACUCAAUUUGAGUUUGCUUGAGAAAGUGCAGAGCUGCGGCAAGGGCAACAUCCGCUUCGCGGCGGCGCGGAUGUACCUGCACCUCUGGAAGCGCCUCGGCCUCGCCAUGGUCGACACCCUCGGAGACUCCCUCCAGACCCUCGUUGAACUUCUCGAAAGCGCCGACGAGGAAAUCGAAAUGGCGACUCGCGAGUUGGUUCGGACGAUUGAGGGCCUCACAGGCGAAUCCCUAGCCGAGAAGCUAAAGGCCUGA